AGUUUUUUAAACCAAAUAAUUGAUCCAUUAAUGGUGGAUUUAUACAACCUCGAUUUGAACAAUUAUUUAAUCGAAAACAGACUUGGAGAUAGUGAAUACUGAUUUCAAAUAUUUUAAAAUGGAUGUUGUAGGUGGAUAUAAAUGUAUUGAUAAGUAAAAAUAAAAAUACCAAGACCAAGACAAUAUAUUUAUUUAAUGUAGUAGAAAAAAAAAGAAGAGUAUUAUUGUGGUUAGGGAGGUCAUUGGGUUGAGGUGAGGAAGCAGUAUGUGCAACGUGGCGAAAUCCUCCAGGUGAUGAUAGUGGAAUGAUGUUCUAGGAUGUUCUAAGUUCUACGUAUCCCGCGUGGAAAAGCGAGAGGUGUCGACCCUGUGUGCUUUACUUUGCAAACCCCAAAAUCCAUAUUCAAAAUCUCUAAAACACCCAUAAAAUCCUUUUACCCUUUGACCCAACCUCAAUUAUUCUUAAUCUCCUCUUUAUUUACUUACUUUGUCACAAAAUUAUAAUGUUUGAGAAUAAUUGUGGAUUUUAAUUUGAUUAAUUAUUGGUAAUUACAGUUGUUUUUGUUUUAUAAUAAUUAAUAAAAAGGAUAUGAAAACAUUACAUCCACUCUCCCAACGCAUAACUGCCCAAUCAGCAUUGUUUAGACCCAUUCUUCUUCUUCUUCUUCUUCUUCUUCGAAUCGUCAACUACUCAAGCUUUUGCUUCGUUAUUCUUCCUUGUUUCUCUCUAUUUCUCUGUUCUUAGUUCUAUAGCUACCUUAUCAGAUGAGGCACAAUUCCAAGAAUCAACCUCAGAGAACAUGGGCUGAAAUAUGUUGUUUCGGUUGCUCCUGCCUACAGCUUUUCUGGCCCAGAGUGGUCUUGCGUAAAUGGCUUAAUAUCAGCGCUAAGGAGUCGGAUUACAGUGCCGAUACCGAAGAUGAUGAAGAUUUGAAUUCUUCCGAUUCUGAUACUGAAGACUGUCGUGUUAGGGGAAGAGAAUCACGCUUUAAGGUAGACAACAGGGACGAACCACUGGUUGAUGCUAAUGAUGUGCUGCCAAGGUUGAGAAGAAGAAAUUCAGAAACAUUUAGGACGCAAUAUAUCAAUACAAAAGAACUCAGAAUAUGUGUUGGGACUUGGAAUGUUGGAGGAAAACUACCUCCUGAAGAUCUAGAUAUUGAUGGCUGGAUAGAUACCAACGAGCCGGCUGAUAUCUAUGUCCUUGGUCUCCAGGAGAUUGUCCCAUUGAAUGCUGGAAAUAUAUUUGGUGCUGAAGACAGUCGCCCAGUUGCAAGGUGGGAAGAUAUUAUCCGCGAAACAUUGAAUAGGGUUAGACCUGCUACAACCAAGAUUAAGUGCUUUAGUGAUCCACCAUCCCCAUCAAAGUUUAAGCCAUCUGACGACAUCCCAGAUUUAGAGGAGGAGAUUCUGCAGGAAAGUGAUAGUGACAUUGGUGAGGAAGUGCAUCCAUGUGAUGAAGAAUUCUUUGGCAAGGAAAAUGUCGAUGGACUAGUAGGUGAUACAAAUCUAAGCAUGAAGUUCCCAGUUUCAGAACUUUCUGCGAAUACCAAAUCAGGGAUACCUGUGGAACAGGAUUUAAUGAGGCAAUAUUCUUCUCCAAAAAGAUUGGAUCGGUUAAAUUGCUUACGGACUGAAGACAGCACAGAGAAUGACGAGGCUGUCUUGCUACAGAACAAAAGAUUAACUAAAAUGCUUAGUGGGUCAGAAAGGAUUGGUCUGUGUUGGCCCGAGCCUCCAUUACACUUACUACCGCACAAUGUUUUAGAGAGACCCAACUCAUUUAAAUCAAUAAGAUCGUUUAAAACAUCCAAGUCCUUUGUGGCAUUUAAUUCUUUCAAGUCAACCAUGAAUGACAUGCCAUCAGGGGUUGCUUUACUUGGAGAAAUUGAUCUUGAGUCUCUGCUAAAACGAAAGAGAAGAUCCUCCUAUGUUAGAAUAGUAAGUAAACAAAUGGUUGGCAUUUUCCUCACAGUAUGGGUUCGUAGGAGCUUGCGAAGGCACAUUCAGAAUGUAAAUGUAUCUACUGUUGGUGUUGGUGUAAUGGGCUACAUUGGCAACAAGGGAUCCAUAUCUGUCAGCAUGUCCAUAUAUCAGACCCUCUUUUGCUUUAUAUGCACUCACCUGACUUCAGGUGAAAAGGAGGGAGAUGAACUUAAAAGAAAUGCUGACGUGAGUGAAAUACAUCGAAGAACUCAAUUCCAUCCACUUAAUGGUGUUGGGUUUCCUAAAAUAAUCCACGACCACGAGCGGAUAAUCUGGUUGGGUGAUUUAAAUUACCGGAUCAACUUGUCUUAUGAGAAGACAAGAGAGCUUAUCUCGAGAAAAGAGUGGUCCAAAUUGGCUGAGAGUGAUCAGUUAUUACGAGAGCUUAGAAAGGGUCGUGCAUUUGAUGGAUGGACUGAGGGAAACCUAAGUUUUGCACCGACCUACAAAUAUGAAAACAAUUCAGAGAAGUAUUACGGCGAAGAUCCAAAAAUUGGAAGGCGUACUCCAGCAUGGUGUGACCGUAUACUCUCAUAUGGAAAAGGAUUGAAGUUGUGCAGUUAUAGGAGGACUGAAAUUAAAUUUUCUGAUCAUAGACCAGUGACAGCCACCUACGUGGCCGAGGUUGAGGUUUUCUGUCCUCGUAAGCUACAACGUGCUCUAACAUUUACAGACGCAGAGAUCGAAAAUGAGGAAAUAGCAAUGGAUGUAUACUGAACUUUUAUCAGUUGCUUAAAUACAGCUUGGGUUAGAAUUUAUCUAAUCUUUCAUAUGCCUUGAAUCGAUGCUUGAUAUUGCGUAUGGAGGAUUCUUUCAAUCAACAAAGAUGAUUUGGAGUAGCUUUCUGGUGCAACAAGCAUUUCAAGGUAAAUCCAAAGAGCUCAAUCUUUUAUGAAACCAAAGUUUGGGCUAUUUGGCUAACAAGUUUGUGCUUGGAGAUCAUGUAGCUCAUGAACUUUGUUGAUUAACUUGUAUUUUACUCCAUUCUUUGGAUCACAUUCUUUCUGUAGUUAGAGAUGUGUAUUGAUGUGGUUGUGUACAUGAGUUAUCUCUCUAGGGUUUCAUUUACAAAAGAUAUAGGAAUGUACUCUUAUUUUGUUUCUACUUGCAUAGGUUUUUCCACGUAUAUGAGAGCUUAGCAUUGUAUAGCAAUAAAGUUUGAUUAAGAUAAUUUGGAGAUUUA